AUGCAGCAAACUACUAAAAACUCGAAUAAUCUUUUACAUUCACCUGGUGAAAAUAAUCGAGAACCUCAAUUACUCUCUGUACCACAGGAAUUUGUUGGAAUGUUCAUUUCUCGAGCCCUAGAAAAAAUUGCAGCUGAAAAACAGUCUCGUAGAUAUUCUAAUAAUCAACUUCGAGAUGCUUGUCGUGAAGGAAUCGAAUAUCUAAAAACUCGGGUUAAUAUUUCUGAUGCGGAUAAAGGUGUUUCCCAUUUACCACCUUCUCAAUCCCAGGGUGGAGCUUUGUUAACAGAUGAAAAGCUGCUUCUUCCCUUUGAAUUAGCUUGCAAGAGCAGAAGUCCCAAAAUCGUAGCAAUAUCUCUUGACUGCUUGCAGAAAUUGAUUGCCUAUGGUCAUGUGCCCAAUGAUGCGUACGAUUCAUCUGGAACAGUACGAAUAAUCGAACGAAUUGUUCAGACUAUUUGCUCCUGUUUUAGUGGCGUAAAUACUGAUGAAGCUGUCCAGCUCCAAGUGAUAAAAGCUCUCUUGACUGUUGUUACUUCUUCAACUGUUGAGGUUCAUGAACGCGAUAUCCUCCUCGUUGUUCGAACUUGUUAUAAUAUCUACAUGGCAACAAAGAAUGUCGUGAAUCAGACAACAGCUCGUGGAACUCUAACUCAGAUGUUGAAUGUUAUUUUCCAGCGAAUGGAACAAGCCACCCUUGAUGCUGCAGUUCAUCACGAUCAAAAACUCUCGGAAAUCAAAUCACGGGUUGAAUCAGAGACAAGUAGUUACGUUUCCCGAACUUCUGUUGUGAUUCAUGGUGACCAAAAAUCCAUUAGUGAAACAUCGGUUGGAACGGAGACGAUAAAUAAUGAAUCUCUAGAUGGUCACGAUUUGGCGGAUGAGGCUUUGGAAUCUGAGACAUCAGCCAUGGAAACUUUCGAUAAAGAUGAAAAUAAUGGGUUUGAUAAUGAAAGCUUUGCUCCUGAUAAUAAUUUUGUCCCUGUUGAUGUUUCCAAUGUCAAGAGACCUUUUACUAAUAGUAUUUCAGAUCAUGAAAAUGACACUAUUGUCAAUAGAUCUGACCAUGAAAGUGAUAAAGAGGCCUUUGAUGUAAAACCUAUUACGAAUGAUACUCCAGAACAUGAGAAGCCAGGUUUGGGGGAAAAAUCUGAUUUAGAAAAUCAUAAUACUGAGUCCCUUGUAAACGAUAAUGAUUCUGAAGAUAAUGGCCGAGUAGAUAUGUCUGAUGAUCCAACCUCUCAACAUGAUGAUGUGCAGUAUCAUGAUAAAAUCGUUUCUGAAGAUGGUUCGGAAGUCAUUACUCAUAGUGAUUCAGUUUCUGAAAGUAACAAAGAAGACGAACCACCCAUUGAAUUCCAAUCCAAUAAAUCUGAGUCUACUAUUUCAUCGGCAUCUUCUUUAAGUAAGGGAUUCUCGAAUAGUCCCUCUGCGACGUCAUUGGACUCUUCUGAUGAAAAUGCUGCAACGGAAUACUACUUUGCCCACGUCACCCAAAAGGAUGCCUUCUUAGUUUUCCGUUCCCUUUGCAAACUGGCAAUGAAACCUCUAGCCACUACUAAUCCAAAUGAUCCAAAGUCCCAUGAACUUCGCUCCAAAAUUCUUUCCCUUCAGCUUCUUUUAAGUAUUCUUCAACAACCUGGUCCAGCCUUCAAGUCGAAUUCAGUCUUUAUUACAGCUAUCAAACAGUAUCUCUGCGUGGCUCUAUCAAAGAAUAGUGUCUCAUCGGUGCCUGAAGUGUUUGAACUAUCCCUGGCUAUAUUCCUCUGCCUUCUGAAUUUCUUUAAACAACAUCUGAAGAUUCAAAUUGAGGUCUUUUUCAAGGAGAUGCUGUUUGUGGUUCUUGAUUCACCAACUGCAUCAUACGAGCACAAAUGUAUUGUUGUGGAGACCCUUCAGCGUAUCUGUAUGGAUAAACAGUGCAUUGUUGAUGCCUAUCUAAACUAUGAUUGUGAUCUUGAAAGAGUGAAUAUUUUUGAGAAGUUGGUGAUUUGCUUAGCCAAAGUUGCCCAAGGUCGGCCAGCUGUAGAUGCGCGAACCACUCAACCACAACUACAAAUUCUCCGCAAAAAAGGAUUAGAAUGCCUAGUGCUAAUUCUAAAAUGCAUGGUUCGUUGGUCUAGUGAUCUCUUCAAUGUUGCCAAUGAUAGCCAGUCCUUCCUCGGCUCUGAGCCGGCGAGUAUUUCAGCACAUCAGCAUGAUACAGAUAGUGGAUCAUCAAUUCGUUUAAAUCAGGGCGUUGAAGAUGAUCCUGAAGACUUUGAAUCACGAAAAGCCCUGAAAGAAGUCUACGAGAAAGGUAUCUAUCUCUUCAAUACGGGGAAAAUAACAAAGGGAUUGGAGCUGCUACAGGAGAAUAAUUUACUGGGAACAAGUGUGGAGCACGUGGCAAUGUUUUUGCACAACGAAUCACGAUUGUGCCGUACAGCUAUCGGUGAAUUUUUGGGUCAGAAUGACACCUUCUCCUUGGAGGUUAUGUACGCUUAUAUUGAUUGCUUCGAUUUCUCGGGCAUGGAUUUUUUACCCUCGUUAAGGCAGUUUAUCUCCGGCUUUUGGCUACCUGGUGAGGCACAGAAGAUUGACCGGCUAAUGGAGAAAUUUGCUGCGAGGUACUGCUCUUGCAACCCGAAUAAUACGCUCUUCUCAUCAGCGGAUACGGCCUAUGUAUUGGCCUUCUCUAUUAUUAUGCUUACGACUGAUCUUCAUUCAGAAAAAAUUAAACAGAAGCAAAAGAUGAGCAAGGAGGAGUACAUCAAGAUGAAUCGAGGUAUCAACGACAGUCAAGAUCUACCACGUGAGUAUCUCGGCAAAAUAUACGACGAAAUUGCUCAAUGUGGAAUGCAAGUGCGCUCCGACAACAUGCCACUUGUGUUCUCUGGAAACAGUACCACAACAACAGCAACUAUUGGUGUUCGUGGCAUAAUGGAAUCUGUUAGUCACAUGCAGUCCGAAUUUACCAGUGCAACCCACUUUGAGCACGUUAGACCCAUGUUUAAGUUGGUCUGGACUCCCUUCCUAGCAGCCUUCAGCAUCGGGUUACAGGACUGUGACGAUUCGUUGAUAGCUCAUCACUGCUUGGAGGGCAUUCAAUGUGCCAUUCGUAUCGCCUGCAUCUUCCGUAUGGAACUUGAACGAGAUGCUUAUGUCCAAGCUCUUGCUCGCUUCACUCUCCUGCUGUCUACAACUCACUCCCAGAGCAACUCUCUAUCUGGAUCACAGUCGGCUGUUAUGAUGGGUAAUCAUUACAGGGGUCGUAAUGAUUCUACUCAUGGUCAACCCCAAGGAGGCAGCAUGUCCUUAAAUUCUCUUGCUGAUUCCACUUCGUUGAUGAAUGCUACACCGGAAAUGAUGAAAUCAAAGAACAUUGACAGUAUUCGAACUCUGAUCUCGAUGGCGCAAACGGAUGGAAAUUAUUUAGGUCAAUCCUGGCUACAUAUCCUACGUUGUAUCUCGCAGUUGGAGUCGGCUAAUGUUAUCGCGACUAGCACUGCUCGAUCACUUCCUCAUAGGCGCCAUACUUCGCGUAAGUAA